CUCGCUCUGGCUGCGCUCGGCCAACGCAUAGCCAUCGGCGCUCCUGCAGAAUGGGCCACUGUCAAGCCAGGCAGCAACAUCACCGUCGAGGUCGACCGACCCAUGACGCUGACGGGCUCUGACGAAGUCGCCAUCGCCAUCGGCCUCUGGCCCUGCGCAGGGUACGGCGACGAGGCGAACCGGACGUGCGCCGAGAUGGACGUCACCCAGGUGCUGGGCAACGUCCUCUACACGGGCACGUACGCGCCCCAGCUCCCGCCCCCGCCGGAGUACGAGAAGCCCCCAUACCAGAACUUCACUGUCACCGUCCCGGCCAACUUCGCUACUGGCCAGGCCAGCCUGGGCGUCGCGCAUUUCUCGCUCAUUGGGGCGAGCGCGAUGCCGUUCAUGGAGGUCGCGAACAUUACGUUGAUUAUU